CUCAACAAAUUGUCCGAGAAUCGACCUCACAAUGGCGUCGUGCUGGAGGCUUCACCAGCGCCCACCCCACCGCUGCUUAGUCUCGGUCAAUUCGACCCGGAGACUUCGCAGAUCCCGUUGACGCUCGCUGAGCAGUCUGUCGAGGAAAAGGCCGUGAACGGCGCAUUGCAGUUCCUGCAAGUCCGCAAGGAAAGCUGGCGUAAGCCGUUCGUGGUCAUGCUUGACGGCAUCCUUGACCCAGGCAAUGUCGGCAAUAUCAUCCGAACGUGUCACUUUUUCGGCGCCGACGCUGUCGUGGUCGCUACCAACACCUGCGCCAACAUCACCUCGCCCACCCUGAUCAAGGCCUCCUCCGGCGCAUACGAAACUCUCCCCAUUUACCUCCUCCCCCAACCCUCCAACUUCCUCUUUGACAGCGCCAAGACCGGCUGGAAGAUUUAUGCUGCCAUGCCGCCCGAUGCGUCCACCGCGCCGAGUCCUUCCGAAAGGCCCAAGAAGGCCACGACCUCCUUCGAAGUGGCAACGGCAAGCCCGCUCCUGAACGAUCCAUGCAUCCUCGUCCUCGGCAGCGAGGGCACGGGUCUCCGCGCGAAUCUGCAGAAGCGCUCCGAAUACUUUGUCUCCAUCGAGCGGAACGUCGUUGAGAAUGAUAUCUCCAGCUUGAUUGGUGUGGACAGCGUCAACGUCGCGGUCGCAGCGGGUAUCCUUACGCAGGCGUUCUUGAACAAGCCAUCGGGCGCCGCCGAUAAGGUC